GAUCAGAACGCUGCGGUCCAAGGCGCGCGCGCGCGCUCAGAGAUUUGGCGCUGGAGUCAGUAUUCUGCAAGCCAGCAGCACUCACAAACUUCCCUCUCCCAGACUCUCCCAGUUCACUGACGCGCUCCCCGUCCGUUCAUGGACAGUCAUGUCUGAAGAGGAAUGGAAGGUUCCGGAGGAACUUUUUAAAGAUGUCAAAUUCUACGUGGUCGGAGACAUUGACCAGAAGGUGGUGCAGCUGCUGAAAGCAGGAAAGGGGAAGGAAGUGUCCUACAAUGCCCUGGCUACUCACAUCAUAGCUGAGGAUGGAGAUAACCCCGAGGUGGGCGAGUCAAGAGAGGUGUUUGACCUGCCUGUUGUCAAGCCAUCCUGGGUGAUCCUGUCUGUUCGAUGUGGAGAUCUUUUACCUGUGACUGGGUUCUCUCCUGAAUCGGGGCAGAUCUUUUUUGGUGUUACGGUUUGUCUUCCCAGGCUUCCGGAUGAUCUUCACGCUCUGUGGGCGUACGUAACCUUCUACGGCGGAGAAUGUCAGCUAAACCUCAACAAGAAGGUCACACACCUGGUGGUGAAGGAGCCAAAGGGGGCGAAGUUUGAGUGUGCCCUGAAACACUCGGGCAUCAAAAUAGUUACCCCAGAUUGGAUCACAGACUCUGUUAAAGAUAAAACUAAGAAAGAUGAGACCCUUUAUCACCCCAGACUCACCUACGUGGAGCCUGAGGAAGAGGAGGAGAGCGAGGCAGAGUCCUACGACUUACACUCACAGUCAAAUGGAAGCUACAGCCCUCGGCGAUCUAGAGCGUCCAGCGGGGGCUCUUCAGGCGAGGAGUCUAGUCCUCGCAGAAGACCUGGACCCAAACGACUUAACUCUAUCUCACCAACGUCCCCCCGAAAACCAGAGCGCCUAGAGCGAAUGUUUGAUGACUCUGAUGAUGAGUCCUCCACAGAGAAGGAGGGUACCAACUUGAACUGGACCCCAGCCGAAGUGGUCACUCCAACUGUUCCCACUGGCAUGGCCAGACGGCGAGGCGGGCCUCCUGGCAGCAAGGAUCCGGUGUCCUGCACAGGCAGUGGGCUGAUAAACCUGUGUGCUACAGGGACGCCUGUUCCAGGUGGCGGUGGUGCCAUGCCGGCAGAGGCGCGCUCUGCUGCUGCCGCCAUCAGUCACUCCUCACAAGGUGUGUCCGUUACAGAUGGCAUCCCUGGAUGGAAUCAAACUAUUCGAACCCUUCGUAACAUAACCAACAGCUCCGACAUGCAGCCAGCCGGCCGACCUGCUGUAGCACACAUAAUGCCGAACCUGACCAGUAGUCAGACAAAGCCUUUGGAGCAGAUGAACCCAAACCAUGCUCAGACCCCUAACAGUAACAACCCUCUGUUCAACCAGACCAAAGUGGCUGCACAGACCCUCACAACGGAGAGGCAGCAUCAGCUCAUGCAGCAGCCACACCAACCUGCCCAACAGCAUCAGCAGGUACCACAGCAUCCCAUGAUGCACCUGCAGCAGCACGAUAUGAUGCAGCUUCAGCAGCAACAGCCACAGGUUGCGCAACAGGGUUUCCCACAGUUGCCUCAACAGCAACAACAGUUUCUUCAGCAGCAGCAGCAGCAACAGCAGCAAAUGCAUCAACACCAGAUGUUCUCUCAGCAGCUGCGCCCACAGCAGCUGCUACGACCAGGUCUCCAGCAGUUGCAGCAGCUUCAGCAGUACCAGCAGCAGCGCAUGCACAUGUUACAGCAACAGAAUCAGCAGCAACUGCAUCAACAGCAUCUUCAGCAGCAGCAGCAGCAGCAGCAGCAGCAACAUUUCCUGCAACAGCAGCAGAUGCAGAAGCAGGUUCUGCAGCAUCAGAAUCAGCAGGUAGUCCCUCACCAACAGCAGACGACAGCACUGCCCCCUCAGCUCCAGCAGCCGCCCCACAUCUCCCAGCUGUUUGGGCACGAGCCGGGACAAGACAUUCCACAGGACGGCUUUCUGCUGGGCUGUGUGUUUGCUGUUGCCGACUACCCAGAACAGAUGGCUGAUAAACAACUCCUAGCCACGUGGAAGAGGGUCAUCCAGGCAUGUGGAGGUGUCGUUGACCCCACCCUGACCAGCCGCUGCACUCACCUGUUGUGUGAGAGUCAGGUCAGCAACAUGUAUGUACAGGCCCUUCGGGAAGGGAAGCGCUGUGUGACGGCCCACUGGCUCAGCACGGUGCUUAAGAAGAAGAAGAUGGUCCCUCCUCGUCGAACGUUACAUCUGCCCUUUGCUUUCCCUCCGGGGGCCAAACCCUGCUCUCAGCACAUUAUUUCAGUGACUGGCUUUGUGGAUGCUGACAGGGACGAUCUGAAGCUGAUGACUUACCUGGCUGGUGCCAGAUACACGGGAUAUUUGUGCCGCAGUAACACUGUCCUCAUUUGCAAAGAAUCCAGUGGGCUGAAAUACGAGAAGGCCAAGGAGUGGAAGAUCCCGUGCGUCAACGCCCAGUGGCUGUGUGACAUUCUGCUGGGCAACUUUGAAGCGCUGCGACAGAUUCAGCACAGCAGAUACUCGAUUUUCACUCACCCCGAGCCGCUGGCACCUAAUCCGCAGCUGGUCCACAAUCUGCUGGCUGCGUGGAGAAGUCCAGUCAAGGUGACUUCUGAAGCUCUGUCGAACCUCCAGCUCCUACAGAGGCAGAAGAUUUCUGAUUCCACCAACGCACCUGCAAACAAGAAGGCCAGAAUGGAAGAGAUCCAGUCCCCUAGUAAGAGGAUUCAUCCAGAGUCUGCCCCCCAAGUCAUGUUCACAGGCUUUGAGCCCAUGCAAGUACAGCAGUACACAAAGAGGCUGUACGCUCUAGGUGGCGAUGUGGCCGACAGCAGUCAGAAAGCCACUCAUCUCAUGGCCACCAAGGUGACUCGAACCAUCAAGUUCCUCACUGCCAUGUCUCGGGUCAAAUACAUCAUCACUCCUGAGUGGCUGGAGGAGAGCUGGAGGAGCCAGAAGUUUGUAGAUGAGGUGCCCUAUACCUUGAGGGAUGCUGAAGCAGAGGUGUUGUUUGGCUUCAGUCUGGAAGAGGCCCUGAAGAAAGCCCACGAUGCUCUGCUCUUCAAAGGGAAGUACUUCUACCUCACUCCUGGCAUCUGCCCGAGCCUCAGCACCAUGAAGGCCAUCUUGGAGAGUGCUGGAGGGAAGCUGCUGGCCAAGCAGCCUUCAUACAGGAAGAUCAUGGAGCACAAACAGAACAAGAACCUUCCUGAGAUCAUCCUGGUUUCCUGUGACAAUGACCUGCACUUGUGUCGAGAAUACUUCAUGAGAAACAUUGACGUCCACAAUGCCGAGUUUAUUCUGACCGGAGUUCUCACGCAGAAACUCGACUAUGAAUCAUAUAAGUUCACCUGAUGACACGACGAGGAAGUCGGCUCGACAUCAUCAGACAUUUCUCUGCAAGGCGUUCCUGUCCUUUUGUAGAUUUUAUUACCAGUUUGAGAAGAAAUAAAUGUUAUUUUUAUGAAACUGUUGACUAAUGAAAUGAUAAAUACGUACGGUGUUGUUAAAAAAUAUGUAAAUUCACUUUGAACACUUGUUUUUAAAAUAAAGCUGAAGAUUGGUUUGUGUAGAA